AAGACUCUAUUGAAUAUCGGCAUGCAUUCACACCAACGACCGGCUUGAGACUCGACUACGUCAAAUGCUACCGUCCAUAGACCAACCGACGAAACCUUGAUGCCUCAAGUGCCCAGAGUGGACCUCUCGUACUGUCGCCCAAUCGCGGCAGGUUGGAGGCUGCGGGAGUUGGUUCGUGCAGUCGCAGAGUCCGGUCAUGGUCGUGUGACGCUUAGAGACGUAGGGCAGAUUCCUGCGGCUGCUGCCAGCACCCUACAGCUCGUGCCUUUGUGUUCACGCCGAUGCCUGCCCGGCUGCGCUUGCCUAGCACACACACAUACCGCCACCAAACCCGGCCUCGACAGCACGUCGUCGUCGUCAGCCAAGCCAUGUCGGAUCAGGCAUGCCCAAAUUAUGACCGCAGGUGUAGUAGGCAGCCCUAUGAGGGAUUCGUAGCGCAGGUCGGGUCUCCACCCAUCUAGAAACAAACAGCCCAGCCCCUGUCGACGUGAUCCUUGGGGCGCCCUUCUUAAGGUGACCUUGCCUCGUGCUCGGGGAAGGCGCUCACCACCCUCGACUGCUGCAUGUCUUAUCUAUUGCCGUCGCCUGCCAGUGACUCGCAUCUGCCCCUAGGAUUGAUACCACGCCCGUGCCACCGAGAGACACUUUUGCACCCCUCUCUGGUUGUAGCCUGAUCGCAAUACGCAGCCACCCUAGGAGCUGGCUUGAUCAUUCGCCGCCUGAGAUCCAUCCACCAACGUCUCAGCUGCGUUCACUCAGCACCGCCUUGCGCGCUCACGAGGACAGGAGAGAAAAAAAGUGCAGAAGGAAGGCCGUUACUUUAUAUACUCCACGCUGGACUGCUGAGGCAGCAUAUCACUCCCAACAUGGCGGCAUACACAGGAGGGCACCCAACCCCUCGAGCACACUGCCAGGCAAUAACCGACGAGAUGCAGAGAAAGACGCGCCAGGAGUGCGGCUUCGAUAAGGCUGAGUCGUCGCUCUCCAGCAUCGUGACCUCGUCCUCCAAGAAGCCGGCGGCGGCGGCGGCGGCUGCGGGCGGCGGCGACGAUGCGAGACCGGCAACGGCCCCGCGGCGGGCCUCGGGCGUGUCCAGGUUCGCCGACAACCUGCUCUCGUACCUGGGCACGCGCAACCCGCGGCCGCGGCCCAUUACGCGCGACGACACGGUCUGGCUGCUCGACAACGUGGCGUUCCGGGACCCGGCGGACCCGACGCGGUGGCGGGCCGAGUUCGUGGCGGUCGCCAUGGACCAGGCGCCGUCGGUGAGCGCCAUCGACGUGGUGCAAGCCGUGGCGCGCCACAUCGGCCUGGGCGAGGCGGACGCGGGCCUCGAGAUCAUCGAGCAGCGCAUCACGCCGUUCCUUCAGGACGCGCUGCCCGGCCGGGAGGUGCAGGCCCUGCACCGAGGCCGGCUGGACCUGCGGCUGGGGCCCGGGGGGCGAAAUGGCAUCAGCAGCGACCUGCGCCACCUGCCCGACGCGCCCGCGGGCACCGUGGUGGGCACGGCGGCGCAGGUGCCGCAGGGCGCAGACGGCAUCCUGGCCAUGAAGACGCUCUUCGCCGAGCCAGACGGCUGGGCCGUCGUGUCGGACGUGGACGACACCAUCAAGGUGACGCAGACGUCGGACCCCGUCGGCAUUUUACGGUCCACCUUUCUGGACGAGCCCACCCCGGUGACCGGCACGCCCGAGCUGUACGCGUGGCUGCACGAGAGGCUCGGGCCCGGAGCGCCAUUCUUCUACCUGUCGGCGUCGCCCUACAACCUGUACCCGUUCCUGAGCGCGUUCCGGGACAUGUACUUCCCGCACGGCCAGCUGGUCCUGCGCGACCAGAGCUGGGCGAGCAUCUCGGGCCUGCUGUCCAACCUGACUCUCGGAACGGAGGAGUACAAGGUCUCGCGUCUGGCAAAGGUGCACGCCUGGCUGCCCAAGCGCCGCAUGAUCCUGAUCGGCGACUCGACGCAGAGUGACCCGGAGGCGUACGGAGACAUUUACCGAGACUUCCCUGGCUGGGUCAGGCUGAUCCUGAUCCGCAAGGUCACCGACAUCGCCUCGAUCGGGAUCGAGUCCAAGAACGAGCCGGAGCGGUUCGACAAGGCGUUCCAGGGCGUGCCCAAGGAGGCCUGGCACGUCUUUGAGGACCCGGCAGAGUGCCAGAAGCUCAUCGAGCAGGUUGUUGCGGCGGACCCUUGAUCGUGUCGUGCUUGGGGACUGGGCUUUAUCUGUUUGUCGGUUCAAGGACUGGGGACUCGGCGCUUAGUGUUUUCUGGUUGACCUGUUUGUGUGAUAUUCUCUCCACACCUUCACGCAUCUUCUGUAUCUCCCAUAUCUAUUCCGUCACUGCACAUCUAGAUUAGGUAGUUAUUUUCAACCGUUGUUUACUUGCCAGUCACA